AGAAUGUUAGGAUGAGCCUGGUCAUGAUACUGAGGACAACGAUGAGCCUUAUAGGAAGUGCAAUGAGGAUAUGAUGAGUUAGUUUGAGUGUCAGUUGACUUCUUUGGAGGAACUGUUGCUAACUGUGGUUUUAAUUGUUGUAUAUAGUUGAAAUUUGAGGUUAGAUGAGUGGCGGCAGACAGAGGACCCUCGGGGGUGGGGGUCAGCAUGUGUUGGACUAUCUGAAAAGAAUGCAGGCAGAGAAUCCUGCUUUCUUUUAUGCAGUUCAGAGCGACAGUGAUCACUCUGGUGGGAACAUAUUUUGGGCUGAUGCAACAGCGAGGUUGAACUAUAAUUACUUUAAAGAUGCUGUUAUAUUUGACACUACGUACAGGAAGAAUCGCUAUAGGGUACCGUUUGCCUCAUUCAUUGGGAUUAAUCAUCAUGGGCAGCCGGUGUUGUUUGGAUGUGCCUUGAUCCUCAAUGAGUCUGAGUCCUCAUUCAUAUGGCUAUUCCAGACUUGGCUCCAAGCAAUGUCUGGACGACACCCUGUCUCUAUCACCACUGAUCCAGAUAGGCUCAUACAAGUUGCUGUCACACAAGUUCUUCCUCAUACCCGACACCGUUUCUGCAAGAGCUCCAUAUUUAGAGAAACAAAAGAGAAACUUGGUGGCCUAUACACUUCUCAUUCUACCUUUGAAACCGAAUUUAAGAAAUGCAUCAAUGAAAGUGAGACGAUUGAUGAUUUCGAGUCACAGUGGCAUUCACUGCUUCAAAGAUGCUACAUCAUGGAUAAUGAAUGGCUUCAAUCAAUGUACAAUGCAAGGCAACAAUGGGUCCCAGUUUACAUGAAAGACACCUUUUUUGGAGAUUUUGCUGUCAACGAGGGAAGUGGAAGUUUAACUUUGUUUUUUGAUGGGUAUGUGACUGAAACCACGACCAUACAGAUUUUGCUUAAACAGUAUGAGAAGGCUGUAGUUAGUUGGCAUGAAAAGGAAUUAAAGGCAGAUUAUGACACCACUAAUACUAUGCCCAUUCUGAAGACACCAUCCCCUAUGGAAAAACAAGCUGCAAACCUCUAUACUAGGAGAAUGUUCAAGAAAUUCCAGGAGGAGUUGGUUGAGACUCUUGCAAAUCCUGCAACAAAAAUUGAUGACAGAGGAACUGUUGCCACCUAUCGAGUGGCUAAAUUUGGGGAAGACCACAAAGCACAUGCUGUUAAUUUCAAUUCUUCUGAGGCAAAAGCUAGUUGUAGCUGUCAAAUGUUUGAAUAUUCAGGAAUAAUCUGUAGGCACAUAUUAGCAGUUUUUAGAGCAAAGAAUGUUCUUACACUUCCUUCUCCAUAUAUAUUGAAACGAUGGACGAGAAAUGCAAAGAGUGGAGCCGUGCUGGAUGAACAUUCUUCUGAUUUGCCAAGCAAUUCUAGAGAAUCUGUAACAGUUAGGUAUAAUAAUCUACGUCAGGAAGCAAUUAAAUAUGUUGAAGAGGGAGCAAAAUCUAUCCAUAUUUACAAUGUGGCGAUGAAUGCUCUUCAGGAGGCUUCUAAGAAAGUUGCUUCUAUGAAGAAUCAAGGUUCCGGAACCAUGCAUGGUAGUUCCCUGGCCAAUGGAGGUAGCCAAGAAAUGCAGGCAAUUGAAGAAAAUCAAACAGCAGUAUUUCAAUCUGUGGAUGAGAAGGAGAAGAAAAUUUGCGAAUUGUCUGCAGAAUUGGACAAUACCAAUCAACGAUGUGAAGUUUAUCGAGCAAAUCUGCUUGCUGUUCUGCGAGACAUGGAAGAGCAAAAAUUGAAGCUUUCAGUUAAGGUGCAAAGUGCAAGGCUAAGUCUGAAGGAGUGACUUCACUUGUUGGAGAAAACAAAACCAUUCUGUGUCCCAAUCUCUUGGCAUGCAGUGUGAGUCAUUGGCAUCUUCAUUUCUCCAUCCCGUGUGCAAGGGGCUACCUGCUGUAGAAAGUGGUGGGGGUGAAAGGAGGGGAUUCUAUAGGAAGGCACAAUGUUUGUAUUUUAGACAUUUUUUUUUCCCUCUUGCACCUUUAGAAAUUAGAAUUGUAUGAAUCUGUUGAGAUCCUGUUGGAUGGCUUGUAUAAGGAGGACCUGCCAUUAGUCCAAUUCGGUGUAUAAUAUCUGUUUCAGGUGCAAUUAGGCUGCUGAAAGGUGCAAUUUUUAGAUUUUAGCAGUGGGAUUGUAAAGCAUGGAGUUGUAUUCGGGUGCUAAUAGCCUUACUGGGAGUAUUCAAUAACAAACUCUUUCG